AUGUGCUGUUGGCAUACUGUAUCUGAGCGACAAGUGUUUCAAAUUCGAAAUCGCUACUUUGGAGCAGUUUUGCGACAGGAUAUGGCAUGGUUCGAUCGCAAUGAAACUGGAGCUCUCACUACUCGGAUGAGCGAUGGGAUUGACCGUAUUCGGGAUGGCAUAGGCGACAAACUCGGUGCCAUGUUCGCCUACGUGGCCGCAUUCGUCGCCGGUUUUAUUGUCGCUUUUUGUAACAGCUGGCAGAUGACUUUGGUGAUGAUAGCUUUCUUCCCGAUUAUUUUCGGACCACUCGGCAUUAGUUCUAAGAUAAUGAGCAAAGCGAUUGCGAAAGAACAAACUCAGUAUACAGUUGCUGGAGCUGCUGCUGAGGAGGUGAUACACGGCAUCCGAACAGUGGCCGCUUUCAAUGGCCAGCAAAAGGAAAUCAAAAGGUACUCCAGCAUUCUCGACGAUGCAAUGCAUUACGGUGUUAAAAAGGCCUUCCUAACAUCAUUCGGAAUAGCUUUUGUUAUCGCACUUCUAUUCAUAUCCAUGGCGGUGUCAUUCUGGUAUGGGACAAAGUUGGUGGUUUCCGAGCAGAUCACGCCAGGCACGGUUUUCGCUGUGUUCUGGGCGGUGAUAGGCGGCACCUUCUCGCUUGGUCAAGCAGCUCCACAAUUCGGUGUGCUCAUCUCCAGUGUGACUGCCGCAGCUCCAAUAUUCACUAUCAUUGACCGCGAGCCGUCCAUUGAUUCUAUGUCGAAAAGUGGUAAGCGUCUUGAGCACGUACAAGGACGGAUUUCCAUCACCGACGUCCAUUUCAGCUAUCCAUCUCGUCCAGAGGUUGAGGUUCUGAAGGGAAUAUCACUUAGUAUCGAAAGCGGCCAGCAUAUUGCUCUAGUCGGCCAUAGUGGGUGCGGAAAAAGUACCUUAGUGGGCCUUCUUCUCCGAUUCUACGAGCAGCAAUCCGGUCAGGUAUUUAUUGAUAACGUGCCAACUAGUGACCUUAAUAUCGAACAUCUAAGAAACAUUAUCGGAGUGGUCUCACAAGAACCCGCUCUGUUUGCUGACACAUUAGAAAACAACAUCCGCUUGGGCCGUGACGACAUUUCUCAUGAGGAAAUCGAGAAAUGUUGCAGGAUGGCAAACGCCCAUGAGUUCAUCAUGAAACUCAACAAGGGAUACAAAACAAGAAUAGGAGACGGUGGCGUUCAAUUGUCUGGCGGUCAGAAACAACGAGUAGCGAUCGCUCGAGCUUUGGCGAGAAAUCCACGGAUUCUAAUUCUGGAUGAGGCGACAAGUGCAUUGGAUGCCGAAAGCGAAAGUAUUGUGCAGCAGGCCCUAGAAAAUGCGCAAUCUGGAAGAACCACAAUUUCUAUUGCGCACAGGCUUUCGACAAUAAAGAAUGUCGAUCAUAUUUAUGUCUUCGAGAAUGGCCGAAUAGUUGAAGACGGAAAUCAUGACGUGUUAAUAGCGAGAAAUGGUCACUACGCGGAACUAGUAAGAGCACAGGAGAUCGAACAGCUGAAGCACGAUGAGACCGGUGAUGAGGAAUGUGAGUUCACCUCGUUCCGAAGAAAAUCGCUUUUACGCGAGUCAACGAUGAGGAAAAUGAGCACGCGACUCGCACGCGCCAUUUCUCAACUCUCUAACACCAUCGAGAAAGACGUUGCAAGCUUGGAAGAGGAAGCGAAAGAGGAAAAAGUGAAAGGAGCCAGUAUUCUAGACAUAAUUAGGUACGCUAGGAAAGAGUGGUACACGCUAGUGAUGGCUGUCGUGUUCGCCUUCGUUCGUGGAAUGACGUUCCCCAUCUUCUCCAUAAUCUAUGGAAGAAUGUUCAAGACGUUAACAGCUGGCGAUGAGGAGCAAAAACUACAUGGCGCUGCUAUGAACGGAAUCUGGUUCACACUGCUGGGCGUCUCGUCAGGGAUCAGCACUAUUAUAUCAGGAUUUCUUUUCGGAAAAGCUGGAGAGUCGCUGACGAAGAGGCUUCGAUUGUCUCUUUUCACAAAUAUUGUCGAACAGGAUGGUGAAUAUUUUGAUAGAGCUGAUCAUGCUACCGGCAAGUUGACCACAAGACUUGCGACUGAUGCACCGAACAUUAGAGCGGCGAUAGACCAGCGCUUCGCAGAUGUCGUCGCCGCAGUGUCGUCGAUAAUCGCAGGAAUUUCGAUUGCGUUCUCGUACGGACCGAAAAUGGCACCAAUUGGUAUUCUUACUGCUGUUACUCUUAUUUCACUCCAAACGCUCAUCGCUCAGUUCCUUAAAAGGCGAGGUCAAAAAGAUGCAGUCAAAGCCGAAGAACCUUCGAGACUGGCCACGGAGGCGAUAGAACAACACAGGACUGUUCAGUAUCUCACCAGAGAAAAAUUCUUUGUGGACAAGUUCAUCAGCGAAAUGAGUGGCCCGCAUAAGAGAGUGAUCGAGGCACUGAAUACUGCUUCAAUAUCGUUGUUAGCCUUUGCCACAUACUUCCCAGAAUAUGUGAGAGCUCGCCUUUCGGCUGCGCUUCUCUUCCAAAUGCUCAGACAGAAACCAAAAAUCGACAGUGUUUCUCCACAUGGAAAAAGGAGUGUGGGUUUGAUUCUUUCGAUUCGGAUUUAA